AUGUUUUUCAUCGUCGGCUUAGGGUUGAUUAGUGCAAGUCUUAUCAGGAUGAGUAAUUCUGAUGAGCUGUCUUUAGAGCCUGCCUAUUACAAGCCUCAGAAAAAACAAUAGGAAAUGCUCAAGCAAUAAGUGUAGAAUACUAAGUAUUAUGAGUCCAAGGAUGGAGAACCCUCUUAUAGUUUUGAGAUGGAGGAUAAACUCUGGGAAUCAAGUGAUGAAUAUGGUUAUGGAUAUUGGGUUCGUUUUUCUGAGAAUGAGAAUCAGGACCCUCUUAAAUAUUAUUUUCUGAGUAGAUUAACUACAAAUCAGGAACAUGGAGAUUUAACUUAUUAUGGGGACAGAACAUUAAGCGUUUUCCUGUAUAAGAAUGUGUUUGUUUUUGCCACAUACGAUUUGGAUGAGAAUCUCAAAUCGAAGGAGAGACCAGUCAAAUUACAAGAGAAUAUUAAUGGGAAUUGGUACUUUGUUUGUUAUUCUAAAAAAAAAUCGGAGAUAGUAGGGUUUUUGGUGAAAUUUGGAGCAAAUUAUAUAUUGCGAUUUGAACAAUAUGGUAGGCACAAGCCUAGUAAGUAUUAUAAGGUGAUAUUUGGGGGAUCUGAAUUCGAUUAUUUGAGUCUGCCUGGACAAUUUGCAAAUAUCUAUUUCGAUUUCGAUGAGCCUGCAUUCAUAAAUACAAACGAAGACGUAAUCCUCCUCAUCUAGACUCAUUGUAAUAUGCCUUAAGAGUUACUGAAAAGGUGGACAAUUAAAUUGAUUGAAGAGACAAAGGACUUUUCAGCCAACAAUAAGGAAGAUUCAAUAGAAAUGGAACCCUUUGAAAAUGAUUACAUCAUAACUCAAUACUCUGUGAAAGGGUGGUUUCGUUGGGUUGACAAUAUUUUGGUUGAAGAACUGAACCAAUUCCAGAUCUUUAAUUUAAGAAGCAAUAAAGAUAAGAGUGAUAAAACUGGAGAUAGGGCCUUAGAAAUUCAUUAGAUCGUCGGAGGUGGAUCAGAAAGCUAAGUUUAUUUUAGUACAUACUCCAUCAUUGAGGAAUAGAACAGGAUUACUCAACAAUUGAAAUCAAAUUAAUUGGUGUGGACCUAUGCUUAAUUUAGCUAUGAUAUAGGGAGUUUAAAGGCUUUCGGAUACUUGAUAUAUCCAGGUUACGCAUAGAGUUUAGAAUUCAAUGAGGUAUAACAUAAAUAGGUCACCAAACUAUUCUUGACUGUUGGGGCUGAUAACGGGAUUUCAAGUUUCAAUGGGAAGAUUGCUUAUGUUUCAUUAAAUGUUGGGCCAAAAUCAUUUAGUGAUUAGAUGUAGAUGGAUGAUGAAGGAGCUUUGAAUAUAUAUUUGAGAUCUAAAUUAGUAUCGGAGGAAGAGGAUAUCCGACCUAGUAGAUAAAAUUCAAUAUAACCAGUGUUUUCUUAGUUGUAUGAUGAUGACAAAGUAAAUGGCUAGAGUGAAUAUAGUUUUGGAAUGUGGAGUAGAUGGAUACGCACAUAUCCAUUAUAUUUAUAAAAGAGAGCAGAAAUUCAUUCGAUUGCUCAUUUGAAAAGAUAGUACAAAUAAGUCUUAUUGGAAAUCCAAUUAGCUAAAUCAUCUUACUUAUUUUAGUCAUUAGAGGAGAUACAACAUAUUGAGUACCAAGAGUUGGAAGGCGUUUGGGUUUAUUUAUACUUUGGAUAUAGUAGAUUGCAAAACAGAGCCUUGGGAGUAGUGAAUACUUUGGGAAAAGACUUAAAAUCGAUUGAAUUCCAUGACUAACAUGAUUUAAUCUUAGAUGCAAUUGAAUUCUACGUAGGAAAACAUCAUACUCCUUUGUUUAAUGGAGAAUUUGCAAGAAUAUCAUUCCAAUUUGGUCCUCAUUCAUUUAGACAGGAAAGUGAAUUGGCAGAAAUAGACACCUAAGGAUUGCCCUAUAUACUUCCUAUGAGCCAAUAAACAAUUCAAUUGAUAGGGGCUGCUCAAUAGAGUCCAAUAGAUGAGAAAUUUGAAUUCGAGUAAUUUUAGGGUAUAACAGAAUACAGUGUGUCAGGAUGGGUAAAAUUCAAUGGCAAAGAGAAAUCUGGAGAAUAGUAUCACAUUAUAACAUUGACUCAAAGAACUCUAGAAGAGAGUAAUGAUUAAGCUACUUUACAAAUAUUAAAGAAUGAUGUCAACUACGUUUUUGUUACAUAUACUUGUGAAAUUGAAUGUGAUAAGUAUUUGAAAUAGGAGAGUGCUUUUGGUGAAUAUUGGGAUUAAUGGACAUAUAUCUAUUUUGGAUACAAAAACUAUUAGACUUACACCUACAUUGAGUAUAAGUUUACUUCGAAUUCAUUCAUCAUCAAAGAGGUCAAUCAUUAUUAUAUGUCUGUGUUUUCUGUUCUCUUGGGAUAAGAGAGGAAGGAGUUCCUACAAUAUACCGGGUCGUUGAAAUAGUGGGUUUUGAAUGUAGGUACUGGAGCAUAUCGGGAAGGCAGUUAUGAGAGCGAGUAACUGAGUAUCAAAGUACAUUUUGGAUAUUUAGCAGGAACUGAUCAUUUGACAUAAGCAUAAUAGAUGAAAGAACAUCCAGAAAUAUUAGACUGUCAAACACAGCAGAUCAAAUUAUAGUAAAGUGAGGACUUGUAAUUAGAUGGACUCUAUGAAUAUGGAUAUGGUUUAUGGAUUCAAUUUAAACAUUAUGCUAGCAACAUUAGUCUCAUUAAGCCUAAAUUGAUGGGUAUCGCUAGAUUAUCCUUAUAGUCGAUAGAACAUCUCUUGAGUGUUGUAAUGAAUGUGGGGAACUAUUAAUUCAUCACUUUAGAAGGUUCAGAAUAGAUAGAUUACACAGCUUAUCAUGAGAGUGAAUGGAUAUUUGUUUAUUAUGCUUAUUAAAGAUAGCAAUAAGAUAUUGGUGAGACAGUAGGGUUUGUAGUUGAUUAUAAUGGUAUUAGAUAGAUUAAACAAAAUGUUUUACAUCCUUUGAUUAGAGAUCAUCUCAAUUUUUAGAUUGGAAGAGCAUCCAAAAAUUAUAUACAAUUUAAUGGUUUAAUAACUGGAAUCAGAUUGUAUUUAGGAAGUGGAGCCUUGAUUAACGAGGAACAACUUAAACAGAUGAUAACUAAACUUAAUAGAAAACCAGCACAAAUUUAUAUUGAUAAUGUAAUUACUAUUGUGGAAGACAGGACUGAUACUUAUAGUGGAGAUAAUCCAAUUCAUAUAGAGGGAAGUGCUAAUCAAUAUUCAAUGCAACUGUGGUUUAAGAUGAGCUAGGAUUAAUUUAUAUAUAGAGUGACAUAAAAUGAACAUUUAUCAGAUAGAAAAUAUCUGGGAGAUCGUGUAUUCCAUUUGUCGACUCAAAUAGAGAAUGUAGAAUAUAGUACAUAUAGUCUGUUAAACAUGGAUGAGGUAGACACCUUAAUUAGUUAAUAAUGCAAAAUAGAGUUAUAUCAUUAGAACGUGUGGACAUUUUCAUAUUAAAGUUAUUCCAAAAAGGAAUAGAAGAUGAUAACUUAUUUAAAAAUAGAUGAUUACAUUUGUUAAUAGCAUUAAGAUAAUAUCAUUCAUGCAAUAAGUGAUUAAAUAUGGCUUUAUUUGAUGAAAGAUUUCAAUGACUAGCAUUCAAAUACAAUGAUAUCACACGUUAAAUUGACUUUGGGACAAGGAAGUUUUACUGACGAUAACUUUUUGAAAUUAUCAUCCUUUAUUGCAGGAAACAGAUAAAUGCCAAAGAUUAUAAAGGAACUUGAAAAUGUAGAAGACUCCUAGAGUUUUACAUUCAAUGAAGUGGAUUCAAUGAGUGAAUAUGCUGUAUCAUUUUGGUGCAAGUUUAGUUCCACUUACCCUGAAAGGAGAUAUAGAAAACCAGAGCAAUUCCAGAUAUUCAGAAUGACUUCUAAUGUAGACUUGACUGAGGGGAAGAUUGAAUUAAGAGACAGGUUAUUAAGUGCUUAUGGGUUAACCAAUUCAUUUAGUUUUAAUACUUAUGAUAUCAAUGACAAUGCCCCAAAUGAAUACAGUAUUAUUGAAAUAGAGAGAUUGGAAAAUAGAUGGUAUUUCAUACAUGCCGGUUAUAAACGUAAAUUACAAAUUGCUAAAUUUUAUGUAUAUGAUGGUAAUGAUGAAAAGCACAAUUCAAAUGAAAAUUUAUUGUAAGAUCCUUUGACUGAUUUUGUGAAAGUAGUUUUUGGAUCAGAAGAUCACAUGGUCGGAUUUAAUGGGCAAAUAUUGCAAAUAGCAAUUAUGAUAGGGAGUGGAUCAUUUGGAUAGAGUGGCUCAUAUUUGGAGUCUCCACUGUUGGACUACAUAACCCAGUAUCAAAUUCCAGAGGAGUCAACCUUAGAAUACUUGUAUAAACAGAAAAAUGGAAUCAUAGAAUUGGAUCAUGAAUUCGAUGAACAUGAUUUCCAUGAUGUUGGGUCUUAUUCAGUUUGUGGCUGGUUCAAAUUGAACUAUUCACCUCUCAGUAAGUUCGAAUAGGAGACAUCUUGUUAAACAUUGAUACGUUUAUAUGAAAAUGAAAAACUGAAUGACAAAUUAAUUUAGGGUGAUAGAACACUGCUCAUCUAGGUUUGUGACUAGUAAUUUAUCAAAUUCUAGACUUACACCUUGAAUGAGAUAUCAAAUAUUAAUGAACAUAAAUUGAUUGAAAAUUCUAUUGAUAUGGAUUCCCCUGUAAUUUGGCAUUAUGUCUAUAUGAGUUACGAUGAUAUGGAGUAGAGUGUCUAAAUUCUAUUGAAAUAAUUUUAAUCUGAUGAAGUUAGAGUGCUUAACAACAUUUGGCAUAUGGAAACCAAUUAUUUGGGUAUUUUGUUUGGUACAGAUGUUGACAACAUCAACCUUGAUGGUGUAUAGCAAUAGUGGUAAUUCCUAUAUGGUUACAAUGCAAUUGUUGAUUUAAGUUAAGCCUCGUAUCAGGAUAAGUUGCCUAAUUAUUACAACAUCAAAAAUAACCAGAGAGAAUUGUGGUUCCAAAGUGAAGACACAACAACUGCUGAAUUUCAUAACGCUGUGAAUCAGUAUGCCAUCGGAGUUUGGACAAGAUGGGAGGCAGAAUUCUAUGAGUCCAAAUAAAUCCAAUUCCAUAAUAUCUUUAGAUUUACGAGUAGAAAAUAGUAUGAGGAUAAAGCACAAUUUGGAGAUAGAGUGUUGUUCUCGUAUCUCACAAAUAAAAACUAUGAGUUUAGUUCGUACGACAAAAAGUAGAAACUUACUGCUAUUAACACCUAAAUCCCUUAUGAUUUCAUUGAAGGAGAAUGGAAUUAUAUAUAUUUUGCUUAUAAUGACGGUAGUCUCUAUGCUGCAGUGAUUCAUAAGCAAUCUCAGAAGGCUGAACACACUAUUAUCAAAGAUAUUGAGCAUGAUAUAUUGGGAUAUGCAUAAUUGAUCAUAAACAAGCCUGAAUUUGGAUUUUAGGCAUUUAAGGGUCAGAUAUAUGAUUUACGAGUAUUCUUGGGAGAAGGGUCCUUUUUGGACGACACUCAGAAAGUGGCUGCAAUGAUCAACAAGCUGCAUUUGCGUUUGCCUGAUGUUGAAUUGAAGGUUGAAGAAUUCAAAUGGGAAGGAUGUGACACAUAAAUUGAUGAAGAUGGAUCAUUGAUCUAAGAGUUUCCCUAUUCCGAAUAAACAGUCUACUCCAUAUCUGGUUGGAUUUGGUUAUACUAAAAGAGCGAAGGGACUUUGGACUCUUUGUAAGGAGUGAUGAGAUUGUCGACUGAUCUCAAUUUUAAUACCUUGUUGGUUUUGGCCAAAUCCAAUCAAGUUACUUUUGGAAGUUAUUCGUUUGGAAAGAAGUCACUGCCUAUAUGGUAAAGUUGUGAUAUCGAAAUGGAGCAAUGGUUGUUUGUGUACGUCAGUCAUCAGGAGGAUGUUACUCGAUUUUAUAUCAAAAGUGAGAAGGGUGUGUAGGAGUUUUCAAAUGUAUCGAGACAUGUGGUUCCGAGGAAUUUCAAGUUGUCGCUUGUAAAGUUUGACUCGUUUGAUAAAUUUGAUGGCAAAUUAAAGGGAGUUCAUGUCAGGUGGCAUACACCGUUAGAUGACCCUGAAGAGGAAUCUGCAGCUCCAGUGUUAUCGCAUUAAUGA